AUGUCAACCGUCAGACCUCGCGAUCAGUGGAGCUCGCAGUGCGACUUUAUCGUUAGCUGCAUCGGCUACUCGGUGGGCCUGGGCAAUAUCUGGCGCUUCCCUUACAUGUGCUACAAGCACGGUGGCGGCACGUUCCUCCUGCCGUACACCGUUAUGCUCCUGGCGGUGGGCGUACCCAUGUACGUGAUGGAGCUGGCGCUGGGUCAGUACGCAGGCCUCGGCCCCAACAAGGUCUGCCAGAAGAUGUCGCCGCUGUUCUCGGGCCUCGGCUACGCCAUGUUGCUGAUGACAGUCUUCGUCUGCUUCACAUAUAACGUCGUGAUCGCCUGGGCCAUCUUCUACGCGGCGGCGUCCUUCACGUCCGAGCUCGCGUGGUCACGGGGCAUUAGGACGCUGGGCAAAAUAAUUCACUUCACGGUCAUUUUCCCCUAUUUUGUUCUGAUCGUGCUGUUCGUACUCACCGCCUUCUUGGACGGGGCCGUAGAAGGCAUCAGGUUCUUCGUUACCCCGGAUUAUCACCAGGUGUUGAGCGUCAGCGUGUGGUUAGACGCCGCAUCGCAGGUUUUCUUCUCCCUCGGCUGCAGCAUGGGCGGACUCAUCACCCUGGCCAGUUUCAAUCGAUUCAAAAACAACUGCAUGCGAGACGCCAUCGUGGUGGGAGUUGUCAACACCUUGACAUCCGUGCUUUUUGGUCUCAUAGUGUUCUCGAUGCUGGGUUUUAUGGCCUCGCAAGUCAACAAGGACGUUGCGGAGGUACUUAAAACAGAUCUGGGGCUGGCCUUCAUCGUCUAUCCCGAGACGCUGUCCCAUACCUCGGUUGCACCCCUCUGGAGCGCCCUCUUCUUCUCCAUGGUGAUCACGCUUGGCCUCGAUUCACAAAUCCCCAUGGUGGAGACGCUGACCACCGCUGUGUCUGACGAAUGGCCACGCGUUGGUGAGCGGAAGGCGGCUGUGGUAGUGGUGACCUGUGCAGUGUUCUUCGCCGCCGGCCUGAGCAUGUGCUUUAACGGCGGCGUGCUGGUGUUCGCGCUGGUCGACCAUUACUCCGUCUCCUACUCGCUGUUCGCCAUCGCGCUGGUGGAGGUGCUGGUCGCGGCUUGGGUAUUUGGCGCGGAGCGUCUGCUGGAGCUGAUGCAGAAGGACAUGGGCAUCACGAUUCCGACACCAUUGCGCCUCUACUGGCUGGUCGCAUGGAAGUACCUCAUACCACUGGUGCUGGCCUGUGUGCUAGUGCUCGCUCUGUUGCAUCACGAUCCCGUGUCGUACCGCGCCGUUGACGGCUUGCACCCCUUCCCAGCGUGGGCCGACCACAUCGGACUGGCGCUGGCCGCUUCCCCGGUGCUCCUCCUCGUCGCUGUCGGCGUCGGCGUAGCCGGCGUCCAACUGUGGCGAGGGGACCCGCUGGCGACACUUCUGUGCCCCACGGCCGACUGGGGGACGGCGACGCCGGUCAACCGCGGUGUCGUUAACGAGGGCUUCGAGCGCACUGGCCAACCGAUGUGCUAA